CUAAACGAAGGGCACGUUGCUUCACCUUAUCUAACUCUCCGAGAGUCCAAAACCCUGCAACCCAAUGCCCCAAACCCUGUCAUCUAUGGUGUCAAAACCGAUACACACUACCACGAAUCAAUCGUCUUAAAUGUUUAUAGCUCACCUUCACAAAGUUAGCUUCCGCAAAUGGAACUUACUUCCUCCUUUUUACUCUCCUCAAAACCAUGCUCCUUCCCCUCCAACUACUCUUUCGCAUCCUCAUUCUCUCCGUUCCCGAUUAAAAUUUUCAUCAGAAACUCCAAAUCUCGAAACCCCACUUCACAAAGCUUUCGUAUUUUCGCAGUGGCCUUAGAGCCGUCGCCGCAGGAACUCCCUAAGAACAGUCCUCAUCGACUUCUGAAGGAGCUCGCUGAACGGAAGAAAAUCACUUCCCCGAAGAAUAAGGGACCCCCAAGGAGGUACAUCUUAAGGCCCCCAUUAGAUGACAAAAAAUUAGCAGACAGGUUUCUCAAUAGCCCACAAUUGUCUCUGAAAUCGUUCCCCUUGUUGAGUUCUUGCUUGCCUUCGUCGCGACUCAACAAUGCUGAUAAGACGUGGAUGGAGGAGUACUUGCUCGAAGCCAAACAAGCUCUUGGGUACUCACUUGAACCAUCGGAAAUGCUCGGGGACGAUAACCCCGCAAAACAAUUCGAUACUUUGUUGUACUUGGCUUUUCAGCACCCCUCAUGUGAGAGAACGAAAGCACGGCACGUGAGGUCAGGGCAUUCGAGGUUGGUUUUUUUAGGGCAGUAUGUGCUUGAAUUGGCGUUGGCUGAGUUCUUCUUGCAGAGGUAUCCGAGGGAAUCACCGGGUCCAAUGAGGGAGAGAGUGUUUGGGUUUAUAGGGAAGAGAAGCUUGCCCCAGUGGAUUAAAGCCGCUAGCUUGCAGAAUUUGAUAUUUCCAUAUGAUGAUAUCGAUAAGAUGGUGAGAAAGGACAGGGAGGGACCUGUAAAGUCAGUAUUUUGGGCUUUGUUUGGGGCAAUCUAUCUAUGUUUUGGUAUGCCAGAAGUGUAUCGUGUUAUUUUUGAAGUCUUUGGAAUGGAUCCUGAUGCUGAUGAUUGCCAGCCUAGAUUGCGUAGACAGCUUGAAGAUGUGGAUCAUGUAUCUACCGAAUUUGAAGGCAAGUUAAGCUGGCAAGAUAUGGUUACUUAUAAGCCUCCUGCAGAUGCUCUGUUUGCACAUCCAAGGCUGUUCAGAGCUUGUGUUCCACCAGGUAUGCAUCGGUUCAGAGGAAAUAUUUGGGAUUAUGAUAGCAGACCCCAAGUUAUGAAAACACUCGGAUAUCCACUAGAAAUGACAGACAGAAUUCCAGAAAUUACUGAAGCCAGGAACAUAGAGCUUGGACUUGGAUUGCAGCUUUGUUUCAUGCAUCCAUCGAAGUACAAAUUUGAGCAUCCUCGAUUUUGCUAUGAGAGAUUAGAAUACAUUGGCCAAAAGAUACAGGAUUUGGUGAUGGCUGAAAGAUUGUUGAUGAAGCAUUUAGAUGCUCCGGGGUUGUGGCUACAAGAGAAACACCGUCGCCUUCUUAUGAACAAGUAUUGUGGAAAAUAUUUGAGGGCCAAACAUCUCCACCGUUCUGUUAUAUAUGAUGAGAAGGUUCAAGACUCUUAUGAGCACAACCGGAGAAAAAGAAACCCAACCACCACAGCUGUUCAACAAGCUCUUCAUGGGCUUUCAUAUCUUGUUUAUGGUAAACGUGAUGUGAGACGUCUGAUGUUUGAGGUUUUUGACUUUGAGCAGAUCCUGCCUAAAGAAGUCUAGAUAUGGAGACAAUAGUGACAUAAAUAUAAAAGCACUUCUGUUUCCUUUUUUUUUUUAACCUCUUUCUUUUGUUUUUUCUUUUCUACCCCCUUGAUUCAGGCUUUCCAUAUGAUGGUUUGAUCCGCCUAGUUGUAGUUGAUUUGCAGAUUCUUCUUUGGAAGUUGCUCAAUAUAUAAGUCAUUGUAUUUUACUAAUCUUGCGACUAAGGGUGGCAAUUUACUACACAAUAUGAGAUUUUCAUAUUCGAAUGAUCUAUAUUCAUAUUUGUGUCGGGUUUAUAUUGGUAAAAAAUCAUAUGAAAAAAUUUGUAUCG